AUGGUCGUCACCCUUGCGCCUGUCACAGACAUCGCCAGGGCGGAAUCACUCAAGGAAUCGCUCUACACGUGGAAAAACUACCUAGACCCCAGCAGCGGUGGUUCCGGGGGCGGUGGUCACAGUCAUAGCGGCAUCAAAGGCGGUCGGCCCGACACGCAUGCUCCCGCCGGCUUGAUGGGCGCACAUGUCCACAAGCAGGGCGAAAUGAUGUUCGAGUUCAAGUUCAUGACCAUGGACAUGGACGACAACCUCGUCGGUUCGCGAAAGGUCUCCGAUGUCGAAGCGCUCGACGCCUCGGGGGUCAGCUUCAUGGCCACCCCAACCCGGAUGCACAUGGACAUGUACAUGCUCCAUGGUAUGUACGGUCUAACUGAUAACGUCACGCUCUACGUCAUGCCAAUGUGGGUCGACUUGACGAUGGACCACCUCCGUCGCAUGCCGCUGAUGGGCGAUCCCGAUUUCACCACCCACAACAGUGGCUUCGGCGAUACACCACUCGGUGCGUUGUGGAGAAUCUACGACGGCGACACCGACGAGUUGAUUGUGAACCUCGGCUGCAGCGUGCCCACCGGCAAGAUCAAUGGUCGCACGGCCGCUCCCUCGAACGGAAUGAUGCCCCCCGGCCUGUUUCCCUACCCCAUGCGACUUGGCAGCGGAACCUUCAACGCCCGACCUGGCGUCACUUACCGCCAAUACUGGGAAACACGCAGCUUCGGGGCCCAAUAUCAGGCCGAUCUGCCGAUUGGUCGCAACUACCGAAACUACUCAGUAGGCGACACGCAUCGCCUCAAUUUCUGGCUCUCCCAACGCAUUGGGCCGGAAGGCAACCUCGCCUUCACCUUCCGUGUUGAAAACCUGUGGCGUUCGAACUUCGGCGGUUUCGACCCCGCCUUCGGCCCCAACAACACGGUCAUCAGCACCGCCCGCACCGACAUGCGUGGCGGCUACUGGCUCGACUUGGGCUACGGAGCAAUCUGGCUGCUACCCAAGGGCGGACGCCUCAGCUUCGAAAUCGUCCAGCCCAUCUUCCAAGACCUCGACGGCGUACAACUUGAAACCGACAUGGCCGUCUUCGCCAGCUACUCGAAGGCACCGUAUUUUCAAGGCAACCGCAUGCAAUUUCGGAAGCUGGGCCGCACCGAGAUAAGCGUCUCCCAAGUCGCCUUCGGCGCCGGCCCCGUCUCCGGCCUCAUGACCGGCAGUGAAGUCGCGCGGCAGCGGGCCGUUGUACAGCGUGCUGUCGAAUGCGGCAUCAACUGGUUUGAUACGGCGGCCACGUACGGGGCGGGCCAAUCAGAAGCUUCUCUCGGCGAUGCCCUGCAGGCGUUGAACGUCGCCGAUCAAGUCCACCUGGCGACCAAAGUUCGCUUCAUGCCCGAGGACUUGGCCGACAUUCGUGGGCACGCCAUACAUUCAGUCAACGAAAGCCUCUCCCGCCUUCGGGUUGAACACGUCACCCUGCUGCAACUCCACAACUCCAUCACCAACACCCGGGGCGAUGAGCCAACCUCGAUCACGCCCCAAGACGUGCUCGGCCCUGGUGGUGUGUUAGAAGCCUUCGAAGAGUUACGCAUCGCGGGCAAGGUUCAAUACCUCGGCCUCACUGGCAUCGGUCAACCGGCGGCCCUGGCCGAAGUGAUCGACUCCGGCGCGUUCGAUACCAUCCAAACCCCUUACAACGUGCUGAACCCCAGUUCCGGUAGGACGAUGCCCGAUUCGUUCGCCGACACGAACUACGGCAACAUCAUCGCUCAUUGUCAGCGGCAGGGGAUGGGGGUGUUCGCGAUUCGCGUUUACGCCGGCGGGGCCAUGGCGGGCAGUGUUCCCAGUGCGCACACGCUCAAGACGAAGUUUUUCCCGUUGAAACUUUAUGAGCAGGAUGUUUUUCGUUCAGCCCGGCUGUGCGAUGUGUUAGGCUGCCGUCGCGAUGAACUGAUGGAGAUCGGGCUACGCUACGCUCUUUCGCAUGAAACCAUCACGGCGGCCAUCGUCGGCAUGGGCGAGCCAGGGCAUGUCGAUCGCGCGGUGGCGGCUGUCGACGCAGGCCCGUUACCUGCGGAAACGCCCAUGAGUUCCAGUGACGAACCGAUCAAGGAACUCUCUCGGGGCGGGCGGAUUUCAGUUCUGGUCGUCGCAUUCCUCGGCUGGAUGUUCGCCGGCACCAUCAUGGUCAUAGUACCGCUGGCAGGGCGUCCGGCGUUGAUCUCGAUGGGCGUUACCGACGAAGGUCAGGUCGGCAAUUGGUUCGCCUGGUACAUCUGUGCAUUUCUGCUAGGCGCCGCCGCCGGCGGAUGGCUCUUUGGAACCCUCGGCGACCGUAUCGGUCGCGCCAAAGCCAUGGGGGCCAGCAUCCUCUGGUACUCCAUCUUCACCGGCGUCAUGGUUUGGGUCGAAACCCCUACGCAUUUCUUGAUUUUGAGAUUUGUCGCCUGCAUGGGAGUGGGCGGCAUGUGGCCCAACGGCGUGGCCCUGGCCUCGGAAAGUUGGUCCAACGUCUCUCGCCCGCUCUUGGCCGGGCUGAUCGGCACCUCGGCCAACCUUGGCUUCGUCUAUCUGGGCAUGUUGAGUUCCGAGAAUUGGAUCAACAUGCAACUUAGCUCACUGUUGAAUACCGAUCUGACGAUCAGCCCCGACAACUGGCGGUGGGUGAUGAUCGUCGGCGCCCUGCCCGCACCGCUGGGGCUAAUCGCCAUGACCAUCCUCCCCGAGUCACCACGAUGGCUCGCCCAGCGGAAUGUAGUACGCGAGGCCGGCGCCGAGAACCUGAUGUUUGAAGUAUUCCGCCCACCAUUAUUGAAGGUGACCCUGCUCGGCAUCGUGUUGGGCACCAUUCCCCUGCUGGGCAACUGGGGCGGAGCCAACUGGCUGGUGCCCUGGGCCGACCAGGUCGGCGGUGAAGAGAGGGCCGACCUCGAAAGCCGAACGCAGACGAUCCGCUCGGCCGGGGCAGCCCUGGGAAGUUUACUCGGCGGUUGGCUGGCCGCCAUGUUCGGGCGACGCACGACCUACUUUGCCAUCAGCCUGUUUUCGUUGGCUUCCAGUGCCUACCUGUUCUGGUUCCUCACGCCGAACUCACCGAACUUUCUCUGGUGGGUUUUCAUUCUUGGGUUCUUUGGCACCGUGUUCUUUGGCUGGCUGCCACUCUAUCUGCCAGAACUCUUCCCCACCCACAUUCGUUCCACCGGCAGCGGAGUGACCUUCAACUUCGGGCGGAUCUUCACCGCUCUUGGCGUGCUGGGCGUGGGCGAAAUCAUGCGACAGUUCGACGGCGACUACGCCCGCGUAGGGCAGGUCACCAGCCUCGUCUACCUGCUGGGCAUGAUCAUCAUCUGCUUCGCCCCCGAUACCUCGAAGCGGCAACUCGAUGACGAUUAG